AUGAUGUCCAGGAUUGAGAGCGAUUACUUCCGCAAGACGUUGACCACAUACUAUCCGUUAGAUUGGGACUUGGUGCUGCGUUCAGAAUGGCGUGGUCAGUUGCACUGGCCGGGCAUUGUGUUCCCGCGCGAUGUGUUUGAUCCUCGGCAUUGCUGCGACUACAAACAUAUCAAGGACAAUCUGGCACGGCUGAAAGAGUUUGACAAGAACGGUACGCACGUGGACGGCAAAGUGUGCAACUUGAAGGGCGUUUGCUCAAAGGGCCGAAACGGGACACAUGAGGGUCUCAAUUCUUACUGGUAUGACCCUGGCAGCAUGCAGUUUGCUUCCGAAACGUCAUUCCUCCUUGACAUGCUGCGAGGUGGCUUCGAGAUGCAUGGUGUUUAUUCUUUGGGUCUCAGACCAGUCGAAUUUGCGGCAAGCGGUGUGCCAAAGUGA